AUGGGCUCCACCGAAUCCCAACAUGUAGUCGGACAAGAAGAAGACGAAGACGAGGAAGAACAAGACAACAAUGAAGCAAGAUCCAAGAUGAGGGUACCCCAAAACAAUGGCUUGGUCAAGGAUGUGGUCGAACAAGAACCCGAAAUGUCACCUCGCCAUGCAUCCACAUCCCCCCUUUCUCCCCAGCUUUCUUCAUUUGGUACUCCUCGGAUGGGUCCCUCACCCAAAGCGUGGGACCCUUUCAAUGCGUUUGGUCCACCUCCGGUUUUCUCCCGCAAUUUUCCCUCGGAUGACGAUCGCAUGCUGAUCCAGGUUUAUUUGAUCAACCAUGGAGAGAGUGAGCUGGAUUUGAGGCCUGAUAUUGUGGGUGGAAGAUAUGAUGCUGCCGCUAUGACCUCUAAUGGGAAACGCCAAGCCAGGGUAUUGGCUGUGUUCCUACAUUCUCAAGGGAUCAGGUUUGAUGCCAUCUAUUGCUCUCCCUUGGAUCGGGCUAGAUCGAUGGCUCUUUAUGUCUGUCAGGAGAUGAAUGUUGCAGAAGCAAAGAUACAAUCCUCUGAUGCACUUAUGGAUCUGAAUAUGGGGCACUGGGAAGGGUGCAUCAGAUCAGAAAUAUAUACACCUGAAGUUUUGAGUCUAAGGGAAAGAUACCAACAUGAUUUUUCUGCACCUGCUGGAGAAUCUCUCAGACAACUGGAAUUUCGAAUGAUUCAGUUCUUGAAUGGGAAAGUCCUUGGUCUUCCUGAAAAGUUCAGAUCUGAAUUCUUCUUACACCAAAAUGAGAGUCGACGAUCUACAAACCACAGCACCCGUGCUCAAAACAACUCAGUUCAUGGACAACCAAAGAAGAAAUCUGGUAAGAGCAGGCUAAAAACUGUGUCGGAUAUGAUUGAACACGAUGCUGACGAUGAAAUGUCUCCUCGGGUAGCCAAUAAUCAGCCUGGCCUUCCUAACUUAACUGUCAGGACUUCCUCUCUUCCCUGCACCAACACCUCCUCAGCCUCCUCUUGUGUUGGCAUUUUUACACAUUCCCUGCCGAUUAAAUGCCUCAUCACGGCCCUCCUUGGGUGCAGCCCCAUAAUGUCACAUAAGAUCUGCAUAGAAGACUCUUCCGUGACUGUUCUGCAGCAUUCUUGGAAAACUGGGUGGCAGAUAAAACAGUUGAAUGAUACUACACAUCUUAGGCUUCUGUAAUUGGAGUUUGGGACUUGAUCUAAUCCUACAGCAGCAGCAGCCUAACUGCAAUCUGCAACUCAGGCUCUAACUUGUUAUGCUUCUACAAUCUACACUAUAUGUGUGUUGUAGCAUCCAAAUUUUGAUCUUAUUUAAUUCAAAAUUCAUGCUAUCCAAAUCGUAAUAGAAAGAGUUGUUUUGGAA